CCCAUCGAUUAAUCUUGUCCCCAGCUCGGGUCAUUGCCAGAAUAAAGAUGGGUUCAAACACGCCCUGGACCACUCAGUCCGUUAUCUCAACACUAUCGCAUCCUCUAGCGGAAAACGGCUCCUCGCCCAUCCCAUUCUUUCACCUUCUAGAACGGCUAAAAACCACCAAAAGAGAAGGCUGGCGACGGUUCGAUAUUUCCAAUGGCGAGUCUAUAGCGGAUCACAUGUACCGCAUGUCUGUCAUGACAAUGCUGGCCCCGCCCUCGCUUGCCUCCAAACUGAAUAUUCUUCAUUGCACGAAGAUGGCACUCGUUCAUGACAUGGCCGAAUCGAUCGUUGGAGAUAUAACACCCGUUGAUACCGAAGUGACCAAGGCCGAAAAAGCGAGGCGAGAAGCAGAAGUGAUGGAAUAUAUAUCUAAGACACUACUGGGCAGUGUCUUCGGGGGAACUCCAGGAGAAGGCCUCCAGAAGAUUUUUGAAGAGUACGAAGAAGACAAAACGCUCGAAGCACGAUUCGUGCACGAUAUCGAUAAGAUGGAAUUGCUUCUGCAGACCGUUGAGUACGAGCGGGCCCAUGGUGGGAAGCUUGAUCUAACGGAGUUCUACCACGUUUUCAAGAAAAUACGGCUACCAGAAAUCCAGGCUUGGGGAGAGGAAGUUAUUCGAGAAAGAGAGGCAUUCUGGGCAGAUAAACCCAACCCUCCUAAGUUACCCCAGUGAAGUCUGCGUACCGCUUCCUUUUUACCCCUCAAAUACCUGGCUUUAGACUGUUUCUGUUUGGGAUACAAACCUAGAGAAUCUUAUAAGCAGGACGGACCUUGAUUCAUGCGCCGUUACUGACGAUUUGGUUUAGCCCGCUGCCAGCAGGCGUCUGUUUCAUUCUUAUAUUUCAUGUUCUUGGUUAUGCUGCUAUGUUCAUGUUCCUUUCCUAAUUUAUUGGCACUAUUGAUAGAUUCAUUUUUUGGACUGGGUUAUGUCCGAAAUUGAGCAGAGCUCAACUUUUACCCUAAUAGACACGCGCGUAUAAUAACUACAUCGACUUUAAUGAUUACACGUUUUCGAAGUGAUUCCUCCUGAGUAAAAAUCUGCCAUACCUUCCAGAAUGUUUGCUCAGGUCUACUCUCGGGACAUACUAAACUGUGACUUGCAAUUUUACAACUAGACAUGUUCCGACAACGGCUAUAUAAUGCUCAUUAAUCGCUGGCAUUUGAUACCAAGCUGCCUCACUCAUGUAGG